AUGGGGCCCGGCGAGGGCGCGUCCCGGCGGCCCCUCUGCGCGCCGCCCCCGGCUGCCCCUGGCGGCCCGGCGCACACAGAUGGCAGCCCGGGCGCAGCUGCCCGCCGGGCUCGCGGGGGCCACAAUCAGCCCAGUGUUCGCUGCCCCCAGGUUGGACAGGAGGCCGGGCACACCUGCGCGGCGCAGAUGGUGCCGCCCGCGGCAGCAGGCACCGAGGACCCUCUAGGGACCCGGAGGCGGGACGAAAGCAGGGGGAUGGGAGGGGUAGAGGGGGUGGGGGUGGGGUCCUUCCCUCCCUCCCCGCCUGGUGAUUCCUUUCAAAGUCUGGAAUCUGGGGAAGGAGCCACUGAGAAAAUCGCAUUGGGCUGUGGGACCAAGCCAAGCCCCCGCCCGUCCCUUCACCAUGCCAUGCCCUGCGCCCCUGGCCCAGAGGCCUCCCCAGCCCCCCUCGCUGCAAAAGUGAGUGAGUCCCUUUUGGUAACCUAA